GAGAAGAUGCCGUUCCACCAUGUGACGGCAGGGCUGCUCUACAAGGGGAACUACCAGCGCUCGCUGUCCGACAGUGACAGUGAUGUGCUGGCCAGCAUCUCUGUUGAGGAGCUCGAUGAGAUCCGGGAGGCGUUUAAGGUGCUGGAUCGUGAUGGAAAUGGGUUCAUUUCCAAACAGGAGCUGGGUAUGGCCAUGCGGUCUCUGGGGUACAUGCCCAGUGAAGUGGAGCUGGCCAUCAUCAUGCAGAGACUAGACAUGGAUGGUGACGGGCAGGUUGAUUUCGAAGAGUUCAUGACGAUUCUCGGUCCAAAGCUCUUGUCAUCUGAGACGAGAGAAGGCUUCCUCGGCAGCACAAUAGAUACCAUCUUCUGGCAGUUCGACAUGCAGAGGAUCACCCUGGAGGAGCUGAAACACAUCCUGUUCUACGCCUUCCGUGACCACCUGACCAUGAAGGACAUUGAGAACAUCAUCAUCAACGAGGAAGAAAGCCUGAAGGAGAACUCCGGGAACUGUCAGACGGAGUUUGAGGGAGUUCAUCCCUCAAAGAAGAACCGUCAGACGUGCGUGAGGAAGAGCCUCAUCUGCGCCUUCGCCAUGGCUUUCAUCAUCAGCGUCAUGCUCAUCGCAGCCAAUCAGAUGCUGAGGAACGGCAUGGAGUAGCCGUGGCCACUGUGAGCUGGGAAUAAACCAGCCUGCAUGUGCAUGCCAGUGGGUGAGCUCACGUCCCUGCUGAUAGGAAAAUAACUACCGAGAAAGAACAAGACUCAAAAUAACCAUCAACGAAACUUGUUUUUAAACUUGUUUAUAGUUUUUCUUUUUUCUUCGAACAAGGGGCACGUCUCCAAUCCAAUGUCUAAUAAAACCAUGAAGCCAGCAUGAGGGGUCAUGCAGGACUCCUCCCCCUUUACUCUGACAGGGACACUCAAGGGCUGACAUUACAUACUGUCGUCUCUGUUUCCCUGAUGCAAUAAAAAAAUGUUGAAAAAAAAAUGAGUGCAGGAGUUAAGAGCUGCUGGCUUUUUCCAGCAGAUGAGAUGUGUCUGCUGAUCUGUCACCCACCAGGAGUCUGAUGAGCUACCAGGGCUGCAGUCUGGACCCCAACAGGGAACCAGAAGAAGGAACAAUUGCCCUCAUAUUGCAGUUUCUGAAAGGCAGAACUCACCACCGCUGAAGCAGAAGAUCUGUACGCAUCAGAGCAGAGGAAGUCCUCGAGGUGCUACGAUACUUCAACUUUUCAACCCCCUGUGAGCUGCUAUGAGGUGCUGGCAUCACUUCAUCAGCCAAGCAGUGAAAACCUUAAAUGGUAACUCCAGGCUUACGUUUUGCCAUGAAUGAACACGAAAGCUUGAAAAAUAUGGCUUUGGAUAACUUCUUCCUCCUGGACACUGAUGGGUGAAGACGGUGCAGAGUGUGAAGAAUAGGAAAAAAAUCCACCCUUUAAUGCUUUCACACUACAUACAUCAUAUUAUAUAUCCUCUGUCUGUGGUGUUCAGUGGACAUUUUUCCCCUCUUGGUUUGUUUUAUGUUCCUACAUUUCCUAAAAUUACCUUGUACAUCCUCUAGAGACUAAUGUCAGCACAUUGCAUUCAGCAGUUUCUCAAUAUGUAGGUGAGACAAAUGAGGAUAAUAGUAACAGCAAAAUGGUUUCUAGUUGAGAAAUCAUGAAUUGCAUCUUCUAAUCUGAUUAUAGUAAAUCUUGUGGCUUAGAUAACAGAGUUCCUACCUGCAUCUCUCCUGAUGGUUUUAGUAUUUCAUCAUGAGGGACUGGUACAAAAACCCUAACGUGGGGUUUUAAAUACCUGAGCAUUUUGCUGCUUUCAAACUCAACUGGAAAUAAAUGUGAUGUGACAUCUUCACCAGUAGUGCGUGAGAAAAAGAAAAAUGCACUAAACUGUAAAAUUAGGAAUAGAAGGCAGAUGACUACCAACAGAGGAGCUUUGAACAGUGUUGAAGUCUUUUAGGGUGGAUCUUUUUUUGGUGUUUUAUCUUUCCAGUUAGCAUAAAUCGAGUUAAUAAAUUAGAACUUUGUGCUGUGAAAAGUUGCAUCCCUGUUUCUCGUUUAGAUUGUUCAACAGUUCUAAAAAUUCUUGUUUUGAUUUGACUUUUCUGUUGGUUUUGACAUUUCUAUUGAUACACAUUACUGUUCAAAAGUUUGGGGUCACUUAGAAAUGUCUUUAUUUUUGAAAGAAAAGCUUUUUUCCCAAUGAAGAUAACAUUAAAUUAAUCAGAAAUAUAGUCUAGACAUUGUUCAUGUGGUAAAUGAGUAUUCUAGCUGGAAACGGCUGAUUUUUAAUGGAAUACCUCCAUAGGGGUACAGAGGAACAUUUCCACAAACCAUCACUCCUGUGUUCUAAUGCUGCAUUGUGUUAGCUAAUGGUGUUGAAAGGCUCAUUGAUGAUUAGAAAACCCUUGUGCAAUUAUGUUAGCACAUGGAUAAAAGUGAGUUUUCAUGGAAAAUGUGAAAUUGUCUGGGUGACCCCAAACUUGUGGACGAUAGUUUAGAUGUAAUGAAAGUGUAUGCAAAGUUAAGGCACACUUAAAUUCAUUGUCUGUUUUAUUAACUUUUCAAUUCUUUUGUUUACCUUUUUUAAUCCUGUCCUCUUUACCCAUCCAGGUGACUCUUGAGUUUAAUGGAUUUGUUUUGACCAUCCUUCAACCAAAGAGCAACUGAAAUGAUUAGGUAGUUUAUCAACUGUUCUGAUAAUUCCUUAAUGUCUGUUCUAUCUAUAAAUUCUCAAUGUCAAUUAGCAAUAUUUGACUGAUUUCUAACUUUCUGCACACACCACCUUGGAUUUGGAACAUUUAUUGCUAUUUCUGACACCCUAUGAACUGAACAUUUAGUUAUUUGAUGAAGAAAAAAACUCUCCGGAUGAAUCGAUGCUGAAAAUAUUUCUUAGUUGCAUCCCUUGUAGUUGCUAUGAAGGAGUGUAGUUAUAUACACACGACAUGUACUGUGGGUUUGCUGCCUAUAAUAGGAUAUAAAACUCAAUUUUGAAGCCUUUUUAUGUUGCAUGAUAGAAGCCAUGUGUAGACCAUAGAUAAGGAGAUCACGUCCCUCCACUUAAAAAAAUAAAUAAAUUACAGUACAACCAACACUGCAGUAAGUCACAGGGUGCCCAAACCUUCUCACAGUACUCAAUAAUUUACAGACCUGACACACUGAAUGCCCUCUGAGAUCGGCUCUCAACUCCUACACUGACUUUCAUCUCGUUAAACCCCACCAGGGGGUCAGAAGCACCCAUAUUAUCAAGUGCAUGCGAUCAAGUCAGUGUCUCCUGUAAAUACUGUAACCACGUCUCCAGUGUCUCCAGUGUCUGUUGAGGUGUACAGUAUCUGUGUGUGUGCAUGACUGUCGGUGCUCUCUGCUCACUCGGGUUCAGAGGUGCAGAGAAGGAGCUCAGCAGGCAGACGGGCUGCUGCUUUAUCACAAACACGGCAGACGCAGGCGCUUUAGGCCCUUUCUGUUUCCUCUCAGCCCUCUUGCCAAAGCCAUAGAACUCCGCAGAGACCAACCGGACAACACAGUAUUGACGUUUUUCCUUGUUCCCACAUGGAAACACAAGAUCAAACGGGCAUUUUCUGGCAGAAAUAUGUAUAUCAUGUCGGACCUGGUUUGUUCCUGUUUUUGUGUUUUUUGCACUGUACCUGCCAUCCAUUCCAAUGAAGUGACAAGAGGGGUUGUAGGUUUGUGCAAUAGUGCCAUCUAGAGGUGAAGUGAGAUCACAUCUUUCCAUGCUGUUGUCCAUCACAGUGUUUUGUGUGUUUCUCACUCUUUUAAACACUAUGGGAAUGUGUUGUCUGGCAGGACUCAGCAUUAUAUUCACAAUGUCUGGAAAUUGUUGAUAUUAAAUGUUAAAAUUUGAGGAUUUUUAUCUAUAUUGUAUAGGUUGACUUUGAUCUACCAACACUGCAGGUAGAGAAACACUUGUAUGCGAAACACAUAUUUAAACAGUGUAUUUAUUAGGAAUAGAUGUCUUGCCUAUGGCAGAAAAAGUCAUUUUGAACCUGUAAAAGGUUUCAUUCACAGAUGGUUUCUAAAUAUUGCAUUUUGAAGACUGAAUACAAAGCACUUGUGCAAAAGCAGUCUUGAAAACCUUGUAGGUCACACUGGUUUUGAUUCAAAUUUGUUUUUUUAAUUUUUUAUCUGUUGAUCCUGCAGUAUUGGUGUAAAUUUCCUACCAAACUCACAACCAGUCACUGCUGGAAAAGUGUUUUAUCAUUAAUUUGUUAUUUGACAAGAACUUUGUCUUUUAAAUUUUGCUUUCAUUUGAUAUUUUGGGGGGAUUUUGAGUUACAGUAACUGUUUUUACAGUUUGGCUUAAAUUAAACUGCCCCCACCCUUGCAGAAUGACUGCAAUGUCUCGAUGACUGAAGUGGAGUUUUGUUAUGAAGGGGACAUGCACAGCGUCUCUUCAGUAGCAUGGUGGUUGGAUCUCACAAUUUCUUUUUCUUUUUUUUUGGUUAUGUAACUUUGUACAUAGCUAAUAAGACAAUAUAUCUAUUAGACAAGCACAUACUAUACAUACUUUGCACGUGCAAUAUUUAAACAUGUAGACUAGAGAGUGACUUUCAGUUGUGCUAUUUAUUGGAGGCAUAAUAAUUAUGGAGUUGUAAAUAUGGUAAUCUGUACAAAAGUCAAAGGAUUAAGAACUGUUGCAAUAAAAAAGUGUUUUUUUAAAA